AUGUUUGUGAGUCUACUUCCUGAAGCUGAGAAGAAACCUGGUCCAAGGCUAAUAGAACUUAUCAAUGUAUUGAAAAAGAGAGAUCCCUAUGGACUCGCCAAAGCAACAUUAAUGGCUAUCCUUCAUAAACCGGAUGAGCCAGAGACUGAUGUUUUGUGCUCGGCUAUGAUGGAGGUUUUGCAGAACGGAAACAAAUGA